GGAUCUUGGCGCCUGGUCACUCUUUGUUUUCUGGUUCUUUUCUUUUGUUUUGCGCAUUUUAUUUUGCCGCCAAUAUAUGAUGAAUGUGUCUGCGGCGUCGCUAAAUAACUCCUUUCAGGAAGAGGACGAAAUGCGCCUUGGCUAUAACCAUGAGGACAUCAAGACCUUCCUUGGGAAAUCGUCUAUCAAGGACCUGUUUCCCUAUGCGAAUGACACCACAGACGCCAAGCAGCUACUGGAUUGCUUUGUGACCACCUUAUCGGGAAAUUUGGAGCUGAAUCUGGAGAAUCUCCUGGACCUGUUUACCCUGUCCAUUAUGAUGAUGACCUACGAAAGAGACAACUUACUGCUGAUGAAGGAGCGUUUUAUGCUAGUGGAUGCGGUCUGCCAUCUGCCGGACUCGCUGGAUUCGGAAGAGAUGAACUACAUGGCCACUGGCUUAUACGCCAACUUGGUGACCGGCGUGGGACUGGAGCGCUUGGAAAGGGUUCUGGACAUGCAGGCCGCCAUUCCCGCCUUGGUGGAUUCCUGCAGCCUGGGCAACAAUAUUGCCGUGGCCCUACUGCUCACAAUCAUGUCUCAGUACACGAGAGUACCAGUUCAAUUGGAUAGAAAGGAAUAUGCCCACAAAGCUUUUGAAAUGGCCAAACUGAUCAACUGGCAGCAAUUGGCGGACAGUGGCCGCCAGGCGGAUAUGUUUAUGCUGGUCCGGACAUUCAGCCUGAUCAUCAAUUGUCGCCGGAUACGCGAGGAGUGUGUGGACUGGACGAAUAACCUGGGCGCCGAGAUACACAAAUACUUCCUUCAAGUGCGCAAGGCAUUUGAUCACACGGCCGCUUUCGGGUCCUUCGAAAUGAUGAUUGAGCGUUACAUUGCGUACUGCGUGGUUCGCGGAGCCACAACAACACCUCAACUUUGCAACUACAAGAUUUCCGAGCUGGCGAAUUCAGAGUCUCAAUAGAUGUUGGAUGAAGUGUGAUACUGUUAAAGAUUCCUAAAUUGGUUAGUAACCAUUGACUUAAGAGAAAGGUAUUAUGUAAAUUAAGCAUACAGCUGAGAUCAAAAAAGAAGACCAAACUUUUAAUUUGUUAAGUAGUAAUUUAAGCCUUUUUUAUUUUAAUAAAAGGUAUUACAAUUUUUUAUGUU